GAAGCUGUGUAAAUCAGAGAAGUUGCCCUCUCACUCCUUUGAGAUCGACCAUGAAGAUGUGGACAAAGAUGAGGACUCAACUUCUCUGUCAUCAUCUAAAGGAGGAGGUGGAGCAGGGAGUGGAGGUGCAGGGGGAAUCGGGGUGUUUAAGUCCGGCUGGCUCUAUAAAGGCAACUUUAACAGCACUGUCAACAACAGUAUCACCGUCCGGUCCUUCAAGCGAAGAUAUUUUCAGUUGACUCAGCUAACUGACAACUCUUAUAUCAUGAACUUCUAUAAAGAUGAGAAGAUAUCAAAGGAACCUAAAGGCUGUAUUUUUCUGGACUCGUGUACCGGGGUGGUUCAGAAUAACCGCCUGAGGAAACACGCCUUUGAGUUGAAAAUGAACGAAGUGACAUAUUUUGUCCUGGCUGCUGAGAACGAGCAAGACAUGGAUGAUUGGAUCAACACUCUCACACGCAUCCUGCAGAUCAGCCCUCCAGACGGCCCGGCUCUGGAUCGCAAGAGCGCGGACCUGAGCGACAGCAAACACG